AUGUUAAAUAAUGGUGGAAUUGCAGGAGUAGCUGGUAGUUUUAUAGUAGAUCUCUUAAUUGAUGGACCUGAAGAGUUAUUAAUUAAUGGUUAAUCUACUUUGUUAGGAUGCAUUCCUUAUGUUGGAAUAGGAUUUAGUGCUAUCAAAUUUANAAAAAAAAAAAAAAAAAAAACGAACAAAAACUUAGAUUUGUUUGAGAAAUUUAUUUAUAUUUAUAGCAGAAAUGAGAUUUAUGAAAAGUUUAACUAAUUGUUUGCUUAGCAUGAUUAUUAACCAAUAAAAAACAUUAUUGCAUGUCUUUAUUAAGGUUUUAAGGACAAUUAAAGCAAAGAAGAUAAAUUUCAAAAUCUUUUUAGAGGUACAUCCUUUGACUAAUAAGGAAUCUUUUAAUAAAUUAUUAAAGAUCUAAACUAAUCAAGAGAUGAGGGAGCCUCAAUAUUUUGGAAUACAAUUGCUAGUGCGUCUUAAGUAAGAGACGUUGCGAAGAUGUAUGCUAAAGAAAAGGAAUAUGGAAUAUUAUAUGAAAUCACAUUGGAUAAAGAUGCUCCUCAUCCAUUUUUUCAGUUAUAAGACUAUCAUUCCCAUUAUCCAGUUGAAAAAGAAGUAAUAUUAUUCCCAUAGUUUGAAUUCAUUGUAUAGGAAAUAACAUUCACAUAAGAAGGAAGCAAGUAAAUUUAUACAGUGAAAAUUAAAUAAGUGAAGAAUAAUUAUGCUUUUGCACUAGAUCCUACUAAGAGAAAGAUUUAUUGGGAUUCAAUAAUUGAAUAGAAGAUAAAGCCUAAAAUAGAUACAUUGGUGAAUUUUCAAAGUAAAAGAAUUUUUGAAUUGAUAUCAUUUUCAAAUUAAAACUAUAACAAAGAAAUUUAGAGAAAAAUAUUCUCGAGUAUUGAAACUGAAUUGGAAAAUACAUUUUAAUUGAUUCAUAAUUAAUUAUAACAGAUUUUCUUUCAUUCUAAAUACCCUAAUAUUGUGAAUCAAAUAACAUCUCUAACAAAAACAUACACUGAAAUAGUAAAAUGUAGAUACGAUGAUUAAUCAGCAGAAAUUGCCAAAUUACAUAUUGAUUAAGUUAUGAAAUGA